AUGGGUUGCGCAAAGCGGCAACUCGAAGACAACAAUGCCGCAGGUUUCAUCAUGAAACGGUGCUUGUUGGUGCUGUUGUUAUUAGGAACGUCAGUUGUUAAAGGCGAACAACACAAAAAUGCGUAUGCUACUAUGAUGUAUGUGGGUACACCAAGAGACUAUGAAUUUUAUAUCGCAAUACGAGUUCUUUUCAAAUCACUUUCUCUCCUCAAUGUUGAAGCUGAUCUUGUUGUUAUUGCUUCUCUUGAUGUUCCUCUUCGAUGGAUUCGAGCUCUUGAAAUAGAAGAUGGUGUGAAAGUAGUGAGAGUGGAAAAUAUGGAUAAUCCAUACAAGCAUCAAGAUAAUUUUGACAAGAGAUUUAAAUUAUCGUUGAAUAAACUCUAUGCGUGGAGCUUAGUGGAUUAUGACAGGGUAGUCAUGUUGGACGCUGACAACCUCUUCAUACAAAAUACCGACGAGUUGUUUCAAUGUGGACAGUUUUGUGCUGUCUUUAUCAAUCCUUGUGUUUUUCAUACCGGUCUCUUUGUCUUGCAGCCAUCAACGAUCGUCUUCAAGGACAUGGUUCGUGAACUGCAAAAUGGGAGAGAAAAUCCAGAUGGUGCAGACCAGGGUUUCAUAGCUAGCUACUUCCCGGACUUGCUUGAUAAACCAUUGUUUCAUCCACCUCCAAAUGGCACCAAACUUGAUGGAACAUAUAGACUUCCUUUAGGCUAUCAAAUGGAUGCUUCUUAUUACUAUCUCAAGCUUUAUUGGAGCGUACCUUGUGGACCAAAUAGUGUGAUUACAUUCCCAGGGGCGCCGUGGUUGAAGCCAUGGUAUUGGUGGGCGUGGCCUGUUCUGCCAUUAGGCCUCCAAUGGCAUGAAAAGCGUCGUCAAACUUUGGGAUAUGGUACAGAGAUGGCUGUGAUAUUUAUUCAAUAUGCAAUAUAUUUCGGAAUAAUUGCAAUGACGCGUUUAGCAAGGCCAAGCCUCUCAAAACUAUGCUACCGUCGUUCCUAUAAGAGCAUCACAUUGGUACAAAACAUCCUCAAAUUAGUAGCACUAUGGAGUAUUCUUGCUGCUUACAUAACACCUUUCUUCAUUAUUCCUCCAACAAUUCACCCUAUGCUAGGCUGGCCUUUAUAUUUUCUCGGCUCUUUAGCUCUAUGCUUGGUUGCAAUCAACGCGUUUCUUCUUCCAAUGUUACCGGUUCUGAUGCCUUGGUUCGGUAUUAUUGGAGUUUUAAUUGUCAUGGCGUUUCCUUGGUAUUCAGAUGGUGUAGUAAGAGCUUUAUGUGUGUUUGGUUAUGCAUUCUGUGCUGCACCGGUUUUGUGGAAAUCGAUAACAAGGAUAAUGGCUGGACUUCAGGUUUCUUUAGAAAGGGAAGGUUUUAUGCCUAGAUUAGGUGAAUCGUCACCGCCUUCUUGGUUUAACAAGUUAUAUUGA